UUAUGUUUUUCUCCGUUUUAAAAAAUACUUGUGCCUCAUCUAAUAACACGUGGCAGAGGCAUCAUUCUCGAACACCACAUAUAUUGUUGUUUUAUACGUGCGUGAAGGGACAAGACGAUGAUGAGGUGUUGGAAAGAGAAGAAAAAUUAAUAAAGACAAAAAGCAAAAAAAAAGUAGAGAGGAAAAGGUGCAAUGUCGGAGCAGGAGGCGUAUAUUUGCAGCAACAAAAAGGGAACAGUUCAUCCUCAAUGUAUAAGCGUAUGACAUCCAGAGAUUCCAUGAGUGCUGAUGUUGAAGCUGUUUCAGUUCUUCUUCAGAAUGGUGUACAAAAAGAGAUGACAAAUCCCUCUUGGAAGUAUUCGUGUCCACAUGUACUUGUAGCAACAAUAGUUGCACUUCUGUUUGGCUAUCAUCUUGGGGUAGUGAAUGAACCACUUGAAAUUAUUUCAGUUGAUCUUGGAUUCAGCGGGGAUACAUUGGCGGAAGGUCUGGUGGUGAGUACGUGUCUGGCCGCUGCCUUUGCUGGAUCCUUGAUAAGUGGUUGGAUUGCUGAUGGAGUUGGCCGUCGUCGAGCCUUUCAGUUGUGCUCAUUGCCUAUGCUUUUGGGUGCUUCUAUAUGGGGAACCAGAAGGUCAUGGAUUCAAAGGUUCACGUCUCUUCCACAAAGUGCAACUGCCAAAACCCUAGCAGGCAUGCUUGCAGGAAGAUUUUUAGUGGGAUUAGGAUUGGGCGUGGGUCCUCCGGUUGCUUCUCUUUACGUUGCAGAGGUUUCUCCUGCUCAUGUGAGGGGUACUUACGGGAGUUUGAUUCAAAUAGCAACAUGUCUUGGGCUGAUGGCAGCUCUUGUUCUAGGGAUCCCCGUCAAGAAUAUAGUGGGUUGGUGGCGUGUAUGUUUUUGGUUGUCUACUAUUCCUGCUGCAAUACUUGCACUUGCUAUGAUGUUUUGUGUUGAGUCCCCUCAUUGGCUAUAUAAGCGAGGAAAACUUGCUGAGGCUGAAUUCGAGUUUGAGAGGCUUCUAGGAAGUUCACAUGUUAAGAGUGCAAUGCUAGAGCUUUCGAAGUCGAAUAGAGAGGACGAAACUGAAAGUGUUAAGAUCUCUGAAUUGCUCCAUGGACGGCAUUCUAGAGUUGUUUUUAUUGGGGCAACCCUAUUUGCUUUACAACAGCUAUCUGGAAUAAAUGCUGUGUUUUAUUUCUCUUCAACUGUAUUUAGACGUGCCGGAGUAUCCUCGAACCUGGCAAAUGUUUUUAUUGGGAUUGCAAACUUGACAGGGUCAAUUGUGGCCUUGGUUCUGAUGGACAAAUUAGGAAGGAAAGUCCUCCUUCAUUGGAGCUUCUUUGGAAUGGCUUUGGCCAUGGCCCUUCAAGUGUUUGCUUCAAGUGGGAUUGCAUCAAAUUAUGGAGCUUUUUACUUCUCUGUUGGUGGCAUGCUGCUGUUUGUCUUGACAUUUGCUGUUGGAGCUGGUCCAGUUCCUGGUCUCCUCCUCCCAGAAAUAUUUCCCAGUCGAAUUAGGGCUAAGGCUAUGGCAUUUUGUAUGUCAGUUCACUGGGUGGUUAACUUUUUUGUUGGACUGAUGUUCUUGCGCUUGCUCGACCAACUUGGGCCACACUUACUAUACUCCAUAUUUGGCACCUUCUGCCUGAUGGCCGUGGUAUUUGUAAAGAGGAGUGUGAUGGAGACAAAGGGAAAGUCACUUCAAGAAAUUGAGAUUGCCCUUCUUCCACAAGAAUAUAGAAUAAGUUUUCAGGAAUUCUUGUGAGAAGAAAUCAACACCCAAGUGUUUUCCAGGUUUGCAAGUAAAUGGAAGGUGACCAGCAAAUAUUUCUACUUAGUCUUGCCACUCAUCCUGAUCGUUGCAAGUCUUUAUACAACUGUUUCUGGCAGUAGUAGCUUUUUUCAAGCAGCCUGCAGGAUGCUCUGCAAAUAGAGUUAAAUAGAAUAACUAUUGGGUUGUGGUCUCUUAGCAGCUCCUAGUAUAUGGCGGCAGAAUUGUUGCUCCACGUCCCUACCCCUAUAAGAUAACAAUAAUGUUGUUACAGUGAGGACUUGGUGUAUGUACCAGAAAUGAGAGGUUACUUUUGUCCAAGUGUGUAUUCAGUUGCUUAAUGUUGUUAAACUAAGGAGGUUUAAGGUUGUAUAUAAUAGGCAAAAUUGUUUGGUGGAUCCUUAUACUUGUAUGUGUUUGUACUGUGAACUCUUCUAUUUGUCCUUUAUCAUGUGAACUCCUGAACUUAUUGAAGCUCAAUAUUUUGAACACUAUUUCUUACUGGA